UUUUUGCACUAUUUUCGGGCGCAUCACACACGUGCUCCUCCGCCUGCAGCAGCGCACUGAUCAGCUGUCCACGUCUGAACACCCAAACUUAAUAAUGAGUGAAUCUGACAGCGCAGAUGACAUGUCGUUCACCGUGAACGCACGUGGACACCUGUAUGAGCCGGAGUGUGUAGGAGGUAAGGGUGAUUGAACGCACGUGAGCGUCAAUGCUAUCUGGAGAGCACGAGAGACCCACGUUACCUGGUGCUGCAGGUGUGUGAACUGCGAGCUAAUGCGCACGAGCUGGGAGAACUACUUUUUGUCACUCGUGAGACUUGGUAACAACAUCACUUCUGGACUUUAGUGGAUUAAGAUGAACCUGUAGAUUAAACAGGGCUGCAGUGUGCGACCAUCACCAACCAGAGUCCAGCUGCUGCAAAGACCAGAAGUCUGUUUCUGACUUUCUCCAGUAUUCAGGAGUUAAACCAGAAAACCAGAAACACUGAAUGGAAGUGCAUCAUCACAAGUCUCUCACCCCGUCCUGAGGAUGACUAUCCAGAACAACUGUGUGAUAUCUGCCAGAGACUGCUCUCAGGCUGGAAACAAGAGAAACCCGCUGAGAUGGGACCUGUCUCCAGUUGAGAUCAGGGCAGCCGCUGACAGCUUGAUUAACAGAGUCAAGAAGGUCUACGACGACAUCGGAUCCCUACAGAUAGACAGCGUUUCAGUGGAAAACACACUGAAAGCAUUGGCUAAUGCCAAACUGGAAUAUGCAUCUUCACGCCAUGUCCUCGAUUUCCCCCAGUACGUUUGUCCGUCCAAAGAGGUUCGUACGGCGAGCACGGACGCCGACAAGAAGCUGUCUGAGUUUGACGUGGAAAUCGGUAUGAGGGAAGAUGUGUUCCAGCGAAUCACCGCCCUGCAGAACAAGCUCCAGGACAACCUUUUACCUGAAGAGAAGAGAUUCCUAAACAGGCUUGUUACACUUGGGAAGCAGAAGGGAUUACAUCUGUCUAAAGAUAUACAAGAGGAAAUAAAAAGAACGUCCAAGCUAAUAAAUGAACUGUCCAUCGAGUUCAACCAGAACCUGAACGAGGACAACACUCACCUCGUCUUCUCUGAGCAUGAACUGGGCGGUCUGGCUGAUAGCUAUCUGAAUGGCCUGGACAAAACAGCAGAUGGGCGCUAUAAAGUGACACUCGAGUAUCCACAUUACUUCCCGCUCAUGAAGAGGUGUCACAAUCCUGAGACCAGGAGGAGGAUGGAAACGGCUUUUCACAGCAGGUGCAAAGAGGUAAACACAGCCAUCCUGGAGCAGCUGAUACAACUGAGGGCAAAGGUGGCAGACUUACUGGGUUACAGCAGCCACGCCAACUACGUGCUGCAGAUCAACAUGGCCAAGAAUGCCAGCAAUGUGUCUGACUUUUUAGACACCUUCUAUGAAACCCUGAAGCCCAUCGGAAUCAAAGAGAGGAAAUACAUCCUGGCACUGAAGAAGAGGGAGUGUCUGAUGAAAGGCCUCCCCUUUGACGGACAGAUCAACGCCUGGGACUUACCGUACUACAUGAACCAGGUGGAGCAGUGCAAGUUCGCGGUGAACAAAGACAAACUCAUCGAGUACUUCCCGCUGGACGUGGUGACAGAAGGACUGUUGGGUAUCUACCAGGAGCUGCUGGGUCUCUCCUUCACAAAGGUGGAGCACGCUCAGGUGUGGCACGAAAAUGUGAUGCUUUAUUCAGCCCAGGACACCGAAACAGGAGAGGAGAUCGGACAGUUCUACAUGGACCUACAUCCAAGGGAAGGAAAGUACGGCCACGCAGCGUGCUUCGGGCUGCAGCCGGGCUGCAAAGGACCUGAUGGAAAACGCCGACUUCCAGUGGCAGCUAUGGUGGCUAAUUUUACCAAGCCCAGAAAAGGUUGGCCUUCUCUGCUCCAGCACCAUGAAGUGGAAACUUACUUUCAUGAGUUUGGUCAUGUGAUGCACGAGCUCUGUUCUAAGACCACAUUCUCAGAAUUCAGUGGGACCCUUGUGGAGACGGACUUUGUGGAGGUGCCUUCACAGAUGCUUGAGAACUGGGUUUGGGAGAAGGAGCCGCUGAGAAGAAUGUCCCGACACUACAAGGACGGCAGCCCGAUCCCGGACAACCUGCUCGACAAGCUGAUCGCAUCCAGAGUCGCCAACACUGGACUGAUGAACCUGCGCCAGGUCGUCCUCAGUAAAGUGGACCAGACGCUACACACUAGCUCUUGUGCAGACACAACUGAAGUGUUUGCAAAACACUGCGAAGAUAUCCUGGGUGUCCCUGCUACACCAGGUACCAACAUGACGGCCAGUUUCAGCCACUUGGCUGGAGGAUAUGAUGGGCAGUACUACAGCUACCUGUGGAGUGAAGUCUACUCCAUGGACAUUUACUUCAAUCGUUUUAAAAAGGAGGGCAUCAUGAACCCAAAGGUUGGAAACGAGUACAGGAGGGUGAUUCUGGAAGCUGGCGGCUCUGUGGACGGGAUGGACAUGCUGAAAACCUUCCUCGGGCGCAGUCCACGCCAGGACGCCUUCUUUCAAUGCAAAGGACUGACGAAGACGAAGGAAACAAAGACUGUGAUAUGAUGAAGGCUGACGGUUGUUUCUGUCAAAGAAGGUUUAUAUUUAAUUGUAGAAAGUAGAAAUGAUGUUGAUGCUUGAAUUGUAUUAUUUGUGUUUGUUUUCUACUUGAUGAUUUCUACCUGUAAGAUGUACACUACAUCAGGGAGAGUCCUUGUUAUAAAAUGUACAAUAGGCAUUUUAAAAAGCAGAGUUUAAUUUUUUUACAGUGUGACAAACAGAUGUAUAACCAAUGAUGUGGAUGUGUUGUGUUUAGGUGUUGCAGUAAGCCAUCGAAGUGUGUUGAUAUGUGAGCAAUUCAUAUAAAAAAUGACCCUGAAAGUGAACACCUGUGUUUUUUUUCUGACAUGUUGAUUUUUUUGAUAAUAAAGGCAUAGCUGUA